CUUUUUCUUCUCGGUGUUUUGUGGUGGUUGACAAACGUCUUUGACGCAUUACCGCCACCAACUGGCAUGGAGUGUGUAUGCACCGCUAUCAUGGAUUAUAUUGGGACUCAAUGAUUUGAGGAGAAAGAUCGAAUUGUGGGCGUUUGUGUGACACACAUUCCAAUUUGUUUGGGAUAUAAAGUGUUUUAAGUCGAGUUUCUGAAUUUUUUAAUGAAUUAGAACACAAUUAAUAAGAGAACAAUCAUCACAAAAGCUUCCUGAGUUAUGUUUUGAUAUUUUGAAUCUUUCAGAACUCUGAUUCAAAAUUCUGACACAAAUACAGGUUUUGUGUCUGCAGGGGGCGCCAUUGCUAUGAAGUGGAACAUUUGAGCUCCACAGAAGACAAGCAAGUGAUGUCACCACAGCGUCAGUCAGAUUCUAUCAGGACAGUCACAGCUCAGUUUGGCUCCUGACUGCAGUGCAACACACUCUUUUCUCUGAAGGAAACCACAAAGACGACGUUGCACUGUUAUUGUUUCCUAUCCCACAUUCAGGCUGAAAGGAUUACACUACAAGAACUGGUCAAGAUUGAGUUUGCUCCUCCUGUAGAGAUGAGAUCCCAGAUGGACCUGAGCUGCGGCGUGUUUCUGCUGGUGCUGUGCUCCUUCAACAAGCUGCUGGUGCUGGCAAACUCUGAAGAUUACCACGAUAACCACCGAGGCGAAAACCUGACCGCACAGCAACAGAUCACCGUAGCCCAGUACCAGUGUUUCCAGCGGAUCAUAAAAGAGUCACACCGCCCAUCAAAAACAAUAGGGCCAGUAUGCAACACUACAUGGGAUGGAUGGCUGUGCUGGGAUGAAACUGAUGCAGGCCUCAAAGUAGUGCAAAGCUGUCCGGACUAUUUUGCUAAUUUUGACUCAAAUGCGAUGGCGAUCAAAGUCUGCACAGAGACGGGCGAGUGGGGGCGUCACCCAAAGAGCAAACGCACAUGGACGGACUUCACAAACUGCGUAGGCAACACGACAAAUCACACGGCGGCGGCCAUGUCUCACUUCUACUUGGUUAUGAUUGGUCAAGGACUGUCUCUGGUGUCUUUGCUCAUAUCAUUAGGAAUAUUCUUUUAUUUUAAGAGUCUGAGCUGCCAGAGAAUUACUCUCCACAAAAACCUCUUUAUGUCUUUCGUGCUGAACUCAGUCAUCACUGUCGUCUUGCUGAACACAGUGAGGGAGAAACAGGGACACACCAGCCAGGAUGCUGUGAGCUGUAAGCUGGUCAUGCUUGUCCACAUGUACCUGCUGAGCUGUAACGCCUUCUGGAUGCUUUGUGAGGGAAUCUACCUGCACACGCUCAUCGUCGUGGCUGUGUUUGCUGAGAAACAACACCUCAUAUGGUAUUACCUGCUGGGGUGGGGCUUUCCUCUCGUGCCAGUGGUGAUCUACUCCAUAGCACGCCACUUCUACUUCAAUGACAAAUGUUGGGUCAGGCCUACUUCCUUGCUGUACAUAACCCACGGCCCCAUGUGCGCCGCACUGGUGGUGAACCUCUUCUUCCUUCUGAACAUCGUGCGAGUUCUCAUCACCAAGCUGAGAGUGACACACCAGGCCGAGUCCAGCCUCUACAUGAGGGCAGUGAGGGCCACGCUCAUCCUCAUCCCUCUGCUCGGCAUCCAGUUUGUCCUCUUCCCCUACAAGCCUCAGGAGCAGUGGGCCACGGAGAUCUUCAUGUACAUCAUGGAAAUCCUCAUGAAUUACCAGGGUCUUUUGGUCUCUACAAUAUUCUGCUUCUUCAACGGAGAGGUCCAGAGCGUCCUGCGGAGACACUGGAAUCAGCAGCGGAUGCAGUUCGCCGGCAUGUUCGCCAACGCCGACUUCUUCCGCUCGGCCUCCUACGUGACGUCGUCACUCACGGAGGUUCACCGCUGCUACAGCAUCGAGAGCCACACCGAGCACAUGAACAGCAAAAGCUACUCGGACAUAUUCAGAUCGGACAGCCCUUUUGUGUGAAGACGGUUUUUUUCAAGAUGCCAUGAAGAUAUUUUUUUUUUUUUAAACUGUGCUACUGUUUAUUGUGAUUGAUUACUUCUGCAAAAAAACUCACACACAUUUUAUUCUUCCUUAUUACUCUUUUUCAACAAAUAUUAAACAAACACAAAAAGGAGUUUGAAACCACAGAUUCCACAGAAGUUGCCAAAACAUGACUGUGGGGAAUUAACGCUUUUCUGCAUCAUGUGGAGUAAACUUGAAGAGCUGUUCCCGAGUCACGUGACGGACACAAACCAGCAGACGUAGAAGAUCUGAGACUUCAGAAGAAGAAGAAGCUUGUGCGAUGGUAGAAGGUUUUUCCCCCCCCAAGACCAACAGCACCAACUUUGAGAAGGUAAAGGAAUGAUUCACCAUGAAUUCUGUGGUUAGUAAAGGUUACUGCAACAAAGUACAGGUCUGUGUUAGUGCGUGCAGACGUGAGUACUUGUUAACUUUAUGAAAAAUGUAUCAAUAGGUCAUUAUUUUUGUGGGAGAAAAUCUGCCAAGAGGAGAUUUGUGUGUCGAAAGAUGACCGUGUAUUGUAAAUUGUAUUGUCCUCGUAGACCCCGUUCGUUCCCUAAACAUGAAUGUAACUCCCUCCCAGGGCAGAUUAGAGACCGCCUCCUCAGCGGACGUCCUCCAAUCCGCAGCUAUUUCAUGUUUUGGUUUUUUUUGCCACUGCCACUACAUUAGCACUCAUUGAGAUGUUGCUUAUUUCAUGUUACAGCAGCGCGAGUAGGGCUACGAUUCACUUUUUCCUAAGAUAAGAAACAUAAGCUUAUAUUGCCUGGAUUAACGGUGCAGCGGUUGUUUCUUUUCUGAGAGAUUUCUGAGCUGCAGGAGUCGGAACAGGAAGUGGAAAGUGCACGUGUGUAUGAUCACGAGAGUGUUUUGUAUUUUCCACGUGAUGCCAUGCUUUUAGACGGAUUCUCCAAAUAUAUUUGAAACCAAUUCAGCAGGAACUGACUCAUGUUGAUUUACUGGUGAUGAUUACGCUAACGCAACUAUCCCAUAAUGUGUGUCACCAAGUGUGUUUCCGGGUGAAGAGCUGCUGGUUUUCGGCCUUCAUGUACAGAAACGACAGGGCAGUUUCAUCUGCAGGCAUUAAUUACUUAUUAUAACACUGUAAAUCACCAAAUAUAGGACACAGCAGUUGACAGUUUGGGAAACACACUUGUUCAGACGGAGAAUUGUGACUUAUCGCUCCAAAAUGGCAAACUACUGCUUCAAAUGUGGUGAUAUUUUUACAUUGAUUUCCAUACUGAUAUUGUAUAUUGUGUGCGGAAAAUAGCUGGUUAGCUUAGCUUCGCGCAAAGACCUCGGUCAAUGUUGCAUAAAAAUGUCAGUUCCUCAAUUUCCCUUAGUCUCUUGUGAAAACUGAUGUGAAAUGUAUGUACAACACGGACGUUUUGCGUCACUGUGAUGACACUUUUAAUAAUGUUGUAAAUAAAAGAUCACGUGUUUUUGACUGAAAGCCA